AUGUCCAUUAUGGAACUGGACAAAGACUCAGAGGAAACCACGGAACACGUGAGAUACCAGAAGCCCAGACGGUAUGUUAAAUCUCCGGAUUUCAAGGCCAGAGAUGCUAAAGUGGGGGAAAUUCGUUCGUCUAUUAAGGAAAUCGAUGAGCAGAUCAGCAAGAUUAGCAAAGACAUUGAGGUGACUGUGACCCCUAAACCUAUUCAGGAACAAAGAAAAGGUCUCACAAUUGAACUCAGCAGUGUGAUUAAAACACAAGGCGAAUUGAAGAGAAAGAGACUCCAGAUUAAUGACCAAGUUAAAGCCAUUGACUUGUCGCUCAAACAGAAGAUCAAUUCAAUCCAAAACAAGACGUCGAAGCACAGUUUUAAGACUGCUGGAGAAAUUGACAAGAGGGUGAAAUCAUUGGAGGACUUAAUUGAUACGGGUAGCUUGAAGAUCGUCGAUGAAAGACGAUACAUCAAGGAGAUCUCUUCUUUGAGAAGGCUGAGAAAGGACUAUGCAUCGAUUGAGGAAGAGCAAAAGCUCAUCGAUUCAGACAAAGAAAAGAUCAAGGAAUUGAAAAAAUCAAUUGGAGAGGCCAGUAAUAAGGAGGCUCAGGCCGCAUUUGAAAAGGUGACCAAGCAAUUGGAUGAGUUGUCAUUGCAGACCAAGGACAUUCAGAAGAAGAGAGAUGAUCUAUUUUCCCUCAGAAGAGAAUUGUACAAGAAUAAGGAUACUUUAUACGAUGAGAUGCGUGCAAUCAGACAGGAUUAUGACAACCAGUUCCAGAAAUUUAAGCAGGAUCUGGAGAACGAGAAAAAAAAGCGUGAGGAGGAGGAGAAGGCAUACAGACUUGGUGUGAAAAAAGAAGAAUUGGAGGCUCAGAUUGCCAAAAUCCAAGACGAGUCCAAGAAACCGGCCAACAGUAAUGAUAUCGAGAUUGUGGAGAACUUGCUAAUUCAUUUUGAUCCUUCUCAUGUCAAGACAGUAUCAUCCACGGCAAUAGAUGGCGAUUCUAAUAAGCUCAAUACUCAUCAUAGGCAAGAGGUUAAAGUGGAGAUGCCUACCAAUGCUGUUCUGAUCAAGAAAGAGCCAGAAAACUUCUUCAGUGGAAGUGGUAAGUCCAGAAAGAGUAAGAAACACGGUAAUAAGAAGAGAGCAGUCAAGUUUAUUCUUGAACCAGUCAUUAUUUCGCAGUUGUCUUCUUUGGGGAUACCUUUACCAACAUCUGAAGAGGAUUCCAGGAAAACUAUCGACCUUUUGAAGACCAAAUUGGCCGGCUUCAAGGAUACGCAAGACGAGAAAACGAAAGCCAACAUUACUGCAGGUGAAGCCAAAGUGUCAGGCUUACAGAAGCAGAUAGAUGCUAUAGAAGAAGAUAUUGAGAAAGAGACUGUCAAGAUGGAGGAAGCCCACAAGAGUAAGGCUAAGGCCAAAGCUGAGAAAGACAAUGAAGUUGAUGCUGAAGUUGAAGUUGAAGUUGAAGUCGAAGCUGAAGUAGAAGCAGAAGCAGAGCCAGCCAGAGCUACUUCUGCAGAAAACUGA